AUGACAAAACCAAAGGGAGAUCCAAAAGCAACCAAGGAACUCUUUGAUAAUUACAGCAGUUGCUUCGAUGGAAUAGGAUGUUUUGAGGGUGAAUAYCACAUAGUGCUUGACGAGACUAUACCUCCUGCUGUACAUCCGCCCCGUCGUGUCGCAGAAGCUCUGACGSAACCAUUUAAAGACGAACUUGACUCAUUAUGUGCCCAAGGAAUCCUGAAAAAAGUUGAACAACCCACUGACUGGGUAAACUCAUUUGUGAUACAGAGAAAGAAGGAUGGUUCUAUUAGACUAUGUCUUGACCCUAAGGACCUAAACAAAGCUAUUAAGCGACCACACUAUUAUACACCUACACUUGAAGAUAUUUUAGCCAAGCUCAAUGGAGCACAAUACUUCUCUAUUGUUGACGCCCAUGUAUUUCAGAAAAAAGUUGAUGAAACCUUUGGUGAUCUAACUGGAGUUACUGGCAUAGCAGAUGAUAUCGUGAUCGCAGGAUUCAAAGAAGAUGGUAGUGAUCAUGACRCCAACCUACAAGCAGUCAUGGAGAAGGCACAGAGUACAGGGAUCAAGUUCAACCCUGACAAAUGUGUUAUAAAGAGUACCAGCAUACCAUUCUACGGCCACAUUCUGAGUGCAGAUGGCCUACAAGUUGACCCAUCGAAAGUUGAAGCUAUAAACGCAAUGGAUCCAUCCUCUUCAAUUCAGGCAUUACAGACAUUUCUAGGAGCUACACAAYACCUCAGCAGAUUCAUACCCCACUUGGCCUCAUUGGAAGCUCCCUUGUGGGAUCUGGUAAAGAAAACAAGUGCAUUUGUCUGGAGUCCUGAACACCAAACAGCUGUUGAAAAAGUCAAGCAAGCUGUGACAGCAAGKUCCUCACUCAAGUAUUUUGAUGGUAAGAAACCUGUAGUUGUUCAAGUUGAUGCCUCACAACGAGGCCUCGGCGCUGUACUCCUACAGGAAAAUCAACCUGUUGCAUAUGCCAGUAAAUUAUUAACUGAAACUGAAAGGCRAUAUUCAAACAUUGAACGUGAAAUGCUGGGCAUAGUGUUUGGCCUUGAGAAAUUCCACUAUUACUGCUAUGGCAGACCUGUGACAGUCCAAACUGACCAUAAGCCACUAGAGGCUAUUUCUAAGAAACACCUUGCAAGUGCACCGCCACGCAUUUCACGUAUGUUACUACGGAUUCAGAAAUACAAUGCUGAAGUGAUAUACGUUCCUGGAAAAGAAAUUCCUCUCGCCGAUGCUUUGUCACGUAUUAAUCCUUGUCCCGGUGACACAAKUCCAGGACUUGAUGUAUCUGUACACGAAUUACACUCUCACUUGAAUGCUUCACCCACUAGACUUAAACAGAUCAAGCAMGAGACAGCAGCAGACACUGACCUUGCAACACUGAAACGAAUCAUAUUUGAUGGAUGGCCUGCAAAAAGGUCAGAAUGCCCACCUAAUUUACAUGUYUACUGGAAUUACAGAGAUGAGUUAACUGUUGCAGAUGGUAUUAUUCUAAAGGGACUUAGGAUUGUAAUUCCUGAAACACUGCAGAAAGAAGUACUUAACCAAUUACACURUGGYCAUUUAGGCAUAGAAAAAUGCAAGCUAAGAGCAAAGGGCUCUGUAUUUWGKCCUAAUAUUAACAAGGACAUUGAAAGUACUGUCAGUAGUUGUACACCAUGCCAACGCCAUCAAAGCCAAAACACAAAGGAGCCCAUGAUUUCACAUGAUGUACCUCARAAGCCAUGGCAUAYACUCGGUGCUGACUUAUUUUACUGGAACAGCUCACAUUAUCUUCUUGUUUCUGACUAUUAUAGCAAGUUCCCACUAGUAAGAAAGCUAUCGAACUGUGAAUCCACUACCACUAUAGCACACCUAAAGGGUAUGUUCGAAGAGCAUGGCAUUCCUGAUAAGUUAAUCACAGGCAACGAUACACAGUUCACAUCUACUGCCUUCAAGACUUUUAGCAGUACUUAUGGAUUCRAUCACAUAACGACAUCACCCAACUACCCACAAGCCAAUGGGUUCAUAGAACGCAAUGUUCAGACUGUUAAACACCUGUUCCAAAAAUGUAAGGAGUCUGGUGAGGAUCCUCACUUAGCCAUGCUGUGCCUCAGAACCACACCACUAGAUCAUACUACUGCCUCGCCAGCUGAGCUUCUCAAUUCUCGAGUCUACAAAACAAACUUGCCUACUAUUUCAAAAGCAAGCAUUGGUCUCUCCGCAGAUGGAGAAGUUAACAAAACUCUUCAAGAGAAACAAGACAGAAGUAAAAUAGCCUAUGAUCAAGGAGCAAAGCCAUUACAGCCUCUAAGAUAUAAUGAACCAGUUAGAGUUCUGAAUCCAUCAAAUAACAUCUGGCAACCUGGAAUCAUUAAAGACAAUACUGAGCACCCCCGGUCUUACAAGGUUGCCUUGGAAAAUGAUUGUUUGUUAUAA